AUGCUUCCCCACCGCCGCCCGCGCAGCAACGGCUUGCACGGCGUGCAGUUGUGCCCCUCCGGACGUUGGGAGACCGAGAACAUGCGCUGCGGCGACCGCCUCUGGAUCAACACGUUUGAGACGUCGGAGCUCCCAACCUGCGCGUUCGACGCGCUGGUGUGGCUGCUCGACGGCCCCCACGAUCGGCUCAACAUCCCGAAGCUCCAGAGCCACGAGAAGGCUGAGUUCCUCCCGCCGGCGUUUGAGGUGGCGGACAUGGCCGGGUACUGCGCCGCGCACCUGGAGAACGUCCACGCAGCAAGCCACGGCGGCGUCCGGUGCAACAGCCUCUACGCCAUCCUCGAUCACCGCUGCCGAUUCGACUUGUUGGAUGAUCUCCUCGGCGACGUUGAUGGGGAAUCAUCAGAAGAGGAUGAUGGAAAACCACCACUUGCCAAGUUGGAGUACAGAAUAACUGUAGCUUCGAUGAUAUGCUUAGUGGAGGGCGAUCGGAACGACAACAUCACCACGGCGAAUCACGGCCCGCACUGGCGAGCGCUCCGAUGCAACCUCACUGCCCAGAUCAUCCAUCCAUCACGCCUCUGUUCCCUCGCCCCACUAAUGCAGGAUGCCGCCCUGGCACUCGUCGCCGACCUGUCGGCCCGAGCUGCACGCCUUGGCGCCGGCGGCGAGGUGGCCAUCCGUGUCCCCACCAACACUGCUCUUUUUGGGCUGGUCACGCUCCUGUGCUUCGGAGACACCGUGGAUGGCCAAAACAGGCGCGCCUUGGGGCAUGUCGUCCGGGACAGCAUGGAUGCCGUCGGGGAGCUCAGCCCCAGGUUCGAUGGCUCGAUGGUGUCGAAGCUCGUGAACUGGAGGGCGUUUCGCCGUAUCUCCGCCCUGUUCGACCGGCAAACCGAGCUGUACCGUCCUCUAUUUGUCGCACGCAGGGAGUCACGGUCCAAGGUUUGUGGCGGGAUCGUCCACCCAUAUGUCGACUCGCUCCUCGAUCUCCGCGUUCCCGACGGCGACAGCAAGAACGGCAACGUCCGUCGGGCUCUGCGGGACGGCGAGAUGGUGCCGCUUGUGUUCGAGUUCCUUGGCGCAGGUACAGGGUCGAUCACAACCUGCGUGGAGUGGACCCUUGCCCACCUCAUCAACCAGCCCGAGUUCCAGACCAGACUACGCCGCGAAAUUGAUGACGUUGCCGGAGGCGCCCCGUUGUCCGCCAAGAGCCUUCGCAGCAUGCCGUACCUAAACGCCCUCGUCCUCGAGAGCCUCCGCAUGCACCCACCUUUGUCCUUCGUCUUCCGCGGCGCCUACGGCGAGGGCGCCAAGGCCGUCGGCGCGGCCGCCGUGCCGGCCGACGGCCUGAGGGUGAUGUUCAAACUAGGUGACAUCGGAAGAAACAAGGCAAUCUGGACGGAUCCCGACGAGUUUCGGCCGGAGCGGUUCCUUGAGGGCGGUGAAGCGGAGCAUGUCGGCCCGUUGCCAGGAUCCAAGGAGAUCAGGAUGAUGCCGUUCGGUGCCGGGCAUAGGCACUGCCCCGGCGUCGGCAUGGCCAUGAUGCUCAUCAAGUGCUUCCUCGCCACGCUCGUGCGCGAGUUCGAGUGGACGCCGUCGGCCCAAGACUGCAGCCGUGGCGUCGACAUGACGGAGCAGGACGGGUUCGUGAAGCUGAUGAAGAAGCCACUCUGCGCGCGCGUCGCGCGGCGCACUUGA